CUCAAGUCAUUUCCAACUCGGGAACUGAAGUGACAACAUCUCCUGCUCGGGAUCACGGAGACGCUUCACUUUCCUCUCCUCCGGAGGAUGAACUGAGAGUUGUUGUUUUUAACUUCUUGUUAUUGUCCUCCUCCUCAUCAUCAUCAUCAUCAUCAUCAGCAGCAUUAUUCUUUUUUUUACCUGUCGGAGGGGAAGACACUAUCGGAUCUAUGAAAACCCCACGUGGAUCUGUACAACCGUGUUAAACCAGAAGGAAUGCAUCUUCUCUUGGUCCAACUAACUUUCUUGUUGUCGCAGAUCGGACUGACACGAGGCCUGAGAUGCUCCGCGCUCACCGAGUCGUGUUUGAACCAGGGGAGGUGUGAAACGACCCAAGAUGGGAACGGGGAGUGCAAAUGCCGGGACGGAUACCUAGGAAGCCGCUGCCAGUUCCGCGACCCGUGCACCUCCUCGCCAUGCAUGAACGGCGCCGCGUGUCGCCCCGUGACCAGGGGGAACGCGGUGGACUUCAGCUGCACCUGCAAGCUGGGCUACGCCGACCGCCAUUGCCUGACGCCCGUCCACAAUGAGUGCGUCAGCUCGCCGUGUCGCCACGGAGGCACCUGUGAGCUGGAGACUCUGCAGACGUACAAGUGCCGCUGCCCGCCCGGAUGGUCAGGUAAACUGUGCCAACAAGCCGACCCCUGUGCCUCGAACCCGUGUGCCAACAGCGGCCAGUGCUCCGCCAUCGAGUCCAUCUACGUCUGCACCUGCACGCCGUUCUUCUCGGGAAAGACCUGCAAGCAGGACGUGAACGAGUGCGACGCGUCGCCCUGCAAGAACGGCGGCACGUGCGUCAACCAGUUCGGCGGGUACGCGUGCCAGUGUCCGCAGGAGUACACGGGCAGGCACUGCGAGAGCCGCUACCUGCCCUGCAGCCCGUCGCCCUGCCACAACGGGGGCACCUGCAUCCAGAAGGGAGAGACCAGCUACGAAUGCACCUGUGUGCCAGGUUUCAGCGGGAAGAGCUGCAACUACAACAUCGACGACUGUCCCGGGCACGAGUGCCAGAACGGUGGGACGUGCGUCGACGGCGUCAACACCUACAACUGCCAGUGCAGACCGGAGUUUACAGGUCAGCUCUGCACAGAGGACGUCGACGAGUGCCAGCUGAUGCCCAACGCCUGCCAGAACGGCGGCACGUGCCACAACACCUACGGCAGCUACCAGUGCGUGUGCGUGAACGGCUGGACCGGCGACGACUGCAGCGAGAACAUCGACGACUGUGCCAGCGCCGCCUGCUACGCCGGGUCCACCUGUCACGACCGCGUGGCGUCGUUCUACUGCGAGUGCCCCCACGGCCGCACAGGUCUGCUGUGCCAGCUGGACGACGCCUGCAUCAGUAACCCGUGUCAGAAGGGCUCCAACUGCGACACCAACCCGGUCAAUGGAAACCACUUCUGUACCUGCCCCUUGGGGUACGUCGGGGCCUCCUGCGACCAGGACGUUGACGAGUGUGCACUGGGUUCCAACCCGUGUGAGCACGCGGGCAAGUGCAUCAACACCAAGGGUUCGUUCCAGUGUAAGUGCCAGCAGGGUUACGUGGGGCCGCGGUGCGAGCUGGACAUCAACGAGUGCAUGUCCAACCCGUGCAUGAACGAGGCCACGUGCCUGGACCAGAUCGGAGACUUCCACUGCAUCUGCAUGCCAGGCUACGAGGGGGAUUUCUGCCAGAUCGAUACGGACGAGUGCGCCAACGGCCCCUGCCUCAACAACGGCAAGUGUAUCGACAAGAUCAACUCCUUCCACUGCCAGUGCCCCACAGGCUUCACUGGGAACCUUUGCCAGAUAGACAUCGACGAGUGUGCCAGCACGCCGUGCAAAAAUGGCGCCAAAUGCACGGACGGGCCCAACAAGUACACCUGCGAGUGCACCGAAGGUUACACUGGGAGACACUGCGAGACCGACAUCAACGAGUGCUCCUCGGACCCCUGCCACUACGGCACCUGCAUCGACGGCCUGGCCUCCUUCAGCUGCCACUGCAAGCCCGGGUACACCGGCCGGCUGUGCGAAACCAACAUCAACGAGUGUCUGAGCCAGCCGUGCAGGAACGGGGGCACCUGCCAGGACCAGGAGAACGCCUACAUAUGCAGCUGCCCCAAGGGCACCACGGGAAUCAACUGUGAAAUCAACAUCGACGACUGCAAGAGCAACCCCUGCGACUACGGGACCUGCAUCGACAAGAUCAAUGGCUACGAGUGUGCCUGUGAACCGGGCUACACUGGCACCAUGUGCAACAUCAACAUCGACGAGUGCGCCAUCAACCCCUGCCACAAUGGCGGCACCUGCAUCGACGGCAUCAACGGCUUCACGUGCGUGUGUCCGGACGGCUACCACGACGCCACCUGCUUCUCCCAGGUCAACGAGUGUCUCAGCAACCCCUGCAUCCACGGCCACUGCGACGACAAGAUCAACGGCUAUAAGUGCCUGUGCGAUUCUGGCUGGAGCGGCAAGAACUGUGACAUCAACAACAACGAGUGUGAGUCCAACCCGUGCACCAAUGGAGGCACCUGCAAGGACAUGACCAGCGGCUACGUCUGCACCUGUCGCAUGGGCUUCACCGGACCAAACUGCCAGACCAACAUCAACGAGUGUGCCUCCAACCCGUGCCUCAACCAGGGGACGUGCAUCGACGACGUCGCGGGCUACAAGUGCAACUGCGUCCUGCCCUACACGGGGGAGAACUGUGAAACCCUCAUGGCCCCCUGCGGCUCCAAACCCUGCAAACACGGAGGAACGUGUCAGGAGUCGGAGGACUUCCAGAGCUUCUCUUGUGUCUGUCCCGAAGGAUGGCAAGGCCAAACCUGCGAGGUGGACAUCAAAGAGUGUGUGAAGAACCCCUGUCGCAACGGAGCAACCUGCCUGAACACUCUGGGCAGUUACCGCUGCGGCUGCAAACCGGGCUUCACCGGACGCAACUGUGAGACCGACGUUGACGACUGCCAGCCCAACCCCUGCAGCAACGGGGGCCUCUGCGACGACGAGGUGAACGGCUUCCUGUGCACCUGCACGGCCGGCUUCCGGGGCACCAAGUGCGAGGAGGACAUCAACGAGUGCGAGAGCAACCCGUGCAAGAACGGGGCCAACUGCACCGACUGCGUCAACAGCUACACCUGCACCUGCCCGGCCGGCUUCAGCGGCAUCCACUGUGAAAACAACACGCCUGACUGCACGGAGAGCUCCUGCUUCAACGGCGGCAGCUGCAUGGACGGCAUCAACACCUUCACGUGCCUGUGCCCGCCGGGCUUCACCGGGAGCUACUGCCAGCACGACAUCAACGAGUGCGACUCCAAGCCCUGUCUGAACGGCGGCACCUGCCAGGACAGCUACGGCACCUACAAGUGCACCUGCCCUCACGGUUACACCGGACUGAACUGCCAGAACCUGGUUCGCUGGUGCGACUUGUCGCCCUGUAAGAACGGGGGAACCUGCUGGCAGAGGGGAACCACCUACAGCUGCGAGUGUGAGACCGGCUGGACGGGCCUGUACUGCGACGUCCCCAGUGUUUCCUGUGAGGUGGCAGCCAAACAGAGAGGAGUGGACGUUGCCCACCUGUGCCGUAACUCGGGCCAGUGCCUGGACGCAGGCAACGUUCACUACUGCCACUGUCAGGUGGGAUACACCGGGAGCUACUGUGAGGAGCAGGUGGACGAGUGCACGCCCAACCCCUGUCAAAACGGAGCCGCCUGCACCGACUUCUUGGGCGGAUACACCUGCAAGUGCUUGCCAGGCUACGUGGGGACCAACUGCUCCGACGAGAUCAAUGAGUGCCUCUCCCAGCCGUGCCAGAACGGGGGCACCUGCAUUGACCUGAUCAAUACCUACAAAUGCUCCUGUCCCCGCGGGACCCAAGGGGUGCACUGCGAGAUCAACCUGGACGACUGCAACCCGUUCACCGACCCGGUCACCAACGAGCCAAAGUGCUUCAACAAGGGCAAGUGUGUGGACCGCGUCGGGGGCUACCACUGCACCUGCCCCCUGGGGUACGUCGGGGAGCGCUGCGAGGGAGACGUCAACGAGUGCCUGUCCAACCCCUGCGACCCGCGGGGCACGCACAGCUGCAUCCAGCUCACCAACAACUACCGCUGCGAGUGUCGCACGGGGUACACAGGUCAGCGCUGUGACACGGUGUUCGACGGCUGUAAGGGCAAACCUUGUCGUAACGGAGGGACCUGCGCUGUGGCCAGUAACACGCCACACGGCUUCAUCUGCAAAUGUCCUCCUGGCUUCACCGGCUCCACGUGUGAGUACGACGCCCAGGCCUGCGGCAGCCUCCACUGUCGCAACGGGGGCACCUGCAUCUCCGGCCACAAGAAUCCCAAGUGCCUGUGCGGCCCGUCGUUCACCGGGCCCGAGUGCCAGUAUCCCACCGACAGCCCCUGCAAUUCCAACCCCUGCUACAACGGCGGCACGUGCGAGUACACGCUCGAGGCGCCGUUCUACCACUGCGUGUGCCCCACGAACUUCAACGGCCUCCGCUGCCACAUCCUGGACUACAGCUUCCUGGGCGGGUUCGGCCACGACAUCCCGCCGCCCUCCGAGGUGGAGGUGGCCUGCGAGAUCCCGCAGUGCAAGGAGAACCGGCACAACAGCGUCUGCGACGUGCUGUGCAACAACCACGCGUGCGGCUGGGACAACGGCGACUGCUCGCUCAACUUCGACGACCCGUGGAAGAACUGCUCGGCCUCGCUGCAGUGCUGGCGCUACUUCAACAACGGGAAGUGCGACGCGCAGUGCGAUAACGCUGGGUGCCUGUACGACGGCUUCGACUGCCAGAAUCUGGAAGGACAGUGCAACCCUCUUUAUGACCAGUACUGCAAGGACCAUUACGCCGACGGCCACUGCGACCAGGGCUGCAACAAUGCCGAGUGCGAGUGGGACGGCUUGGACUGCGCGAACAACAUGCCGGAGAAGCUGGCGCUGGGCCAGCUGGUGCUGGUGGUCCACAUCACGCCCGAGCAGCUCCUCAGCAACUCCUCCGCCUUCCUGCGCGAGCUGAGCAGCGUCCUCCGCACCAACGUGAUCUUCAGCAGGACGGGCAAGGGCGAGGUGAUGGUGUACCCGUACUACGGCAGCGAGCACGAGCUGAAGAAGUACAACGUCAAGCGCUCGGUGGCCCCGUGGCCCGAGGCCCCCGGCGAGGCGCUGAGCGCGGCGAAGCGGAGCCUGUCCGGCGUGGUCGCGGGGAGCCGGAGGAGGAGGAGGGAGCUGGACCACUUGCAGAUCAAAGGUUCAAUCGUCCACUUGGAGGUGGACAACCGUCAGUGCUUCCAGCAGUCCACUGAGUGUUUCCAGAGCACCAAUGACGCGGCAGCCUUCCUCGGGGCUUUGGCCUCCAGCGGCACACUGGACGUUUCGUACACCAUCAAAGCCGUUUACAGCGACGUGGACCAAAAGCUUUCGCCGAGCCUCUACCCAAUCUACCUGGUCCUGGGCGGCGUCGGGAUACUGGCCUUCCUCGGAGUGGGGAUGGUGGCCGCCCGAAAGCGCCGCCACGAGCACGGGCGCCUCUGGCUCCCCGAGGGCUUCAAGACCACAGAGACCAGCAAGAAGAAGAGGCGGGAGCCUGUCGGAGAGGAUUCGGUGGGAUUAAAGCCACUCAAAAACACUUCGGACAUUUCACUCAUGGAUGACGCCCAGAACGAUUGGGGCGAGGACGAGCCCUCGGAUGCAAAGCGCUUCAGGCAGUUUGACGAGCAGUCUAUACUGGAGGUGGACGAUCAGACCGACCACCGACAGUGGACGCAGCAGCACCUGGACGCCGCCGACCUGCGCAUCGCCUCCAUCGCUCCCACACCCCCCCAGGGCGAGAUUGAGAGCGACUCCAUGGACGUCAAUGUCCGCGGACCAGAUGGAUUCACGCCCCUGAUGAUCGCGUCCUGCAGCGGCGGAGGUCUGGAAACGGGCAACAGCGAGGAAGAGGAGGACGCCUCCGCCAACGUGAUCAACGACUUCAUCUACCAGGGCGCCAACCUCCACAAUCAGACCGACCGGACGGGCGAGACCGCGCUCCACCUGGCCGCGCGCUACGCUCGCUCGGACGCGGCGAAGCGCCUGCUGGAGGCCAGCGCCGAUGCCAACAUCCAGGACAACAUGGGCAGGACGCCCCUGCACGCUGCUGUGGCCGCCGACGCCCAGGGGGUGUUCCAGAUUCUGAUCCGGAACCGCGCCACAGACUUGGACUCUCGCAUGCAUGACGGCACCACGCCCCUGAUCCUGGCUGCCAGGCUGGCAGUGGAGGGCAUGGUGGAGGAGCUCAUCAACUGCCACGCUGACGUCAAUGCCAUCGACGAUUUCGGUAAGUCGGCCCUGCACUGGGCUGCUGCAGUAAAUAACCUGGAGGCUGCUAUCGUUCUACUUAAGAACGGUGCCAACAAGGACAUGCAAAACAACAAGGAGGAAACACCUCUGUUCUUGGCCGCCAGGGAGGGAAGCUACGAGACCGCCAAGGUCCUACUGGAGCACUUUGCCAACAGAGAGAUCACCGACCACAUGGACCGGCUGCCCAGGGACAUUGCGCAGGAGAGAAUGCAUCACGACAUUGUGCGGCUGAUGGACGAGUACAACCUGGUGCGAAGUCCUCCCAUGCACGGCGGUUCGCUCGGCACCACGUUGUCGCCCCCUCUUUGCUCGCCCAACGGUUACCUGGGCAGCAUGAAGCCCUUGCCCCAGGGUCAAGGCCACGGCAAAAAGGCACGCAAGCCCAGCGCCAAGGGCAUCGGCUGCAAGGAGGGCAAAGACAUGAAGGUGAAGAAGAAGAAUUCCCAGGACGGGAAGUCGGGGAACCUCCUGGACAGCUCGGCUGUUCUGUCGCCGGUUGACUCGUUGGAGUCUCCGCACGGCUACGUCUCCGACGUGGCCUCGCCGCCCAUGAUGACUUCACCUUUCCAGCAGUCGCCGUCGAUGGCCCUGAACCACCUGCAGGUCAUGUCUGACCCGCACCUGCCCGUGAACCACAUGGUGAUGCCGAACAAGCAGGAGCUGGCUCGCAUGCAGUUCGACCCGCUGCCUCCCCGCCUCACCCAUCUGCCCGUGUCCGGCUCCGGUGGCCCGGGCGCCAUGAACGGCCAGUGCGACUGGCUGUCCAGGAUGCACGGCAGCAUGGGCCAGCCGGGCCAGUUCAAUCCCAUGAGGGGAGGCCCUGGCGGUCAGGGAGGCCUGCACCAGGGGGGCCAGCACGGGAUAAUGACCGCCCUCCACAACGGCCUGUCUCAGAUGAUGACCUACCAGGGGAUCCAGGGCACCAGGCUGGGGCCGCAGCCGCACAUCCUGCAGCAGCAGGCGCAACAGAUGCAGCAGAUGCAGAACCUCCAGCAGCUCCAGCAGCAGCAGAGUAUCCAGCUGCAGCAUCAAAACUCAAACCCCACCAACAGCCAGAACUUCAUCAGCGGUGAGCUGAGUUCUCCGGAGCUCCAGCCGGGCACGGGCGGCUCCAGCAUGCCCAUCCACACCAUCCUGCCACAGGAGACCCAGAUCAUGCCCUCCUCCAUCAGUCAGUCAAUGGCCAGCACCCAGUUCCUCACCCCGCCCUCCCAGCACAGUUAUUCGGGCCCCAUGGACAACACCCCAAACCACCAGGUCCAGGUGCCCGACCACCCCUUUCUAACGCCCUCGCCGGGCUCCCCUGACCAGUGGUCCAGCUCGUCUCCUCAUUCCAACCUGUCCGACUGGUCCGAGGGCAUUUCGAGUCCGCCGACGAGCAUGCAGUCGCAGAUCGGACACAUACCUGAACAAUUCAAAUAAAUCGCAUGUAUCUUUUGUGCCCAGAUGAGCUGCUCUCUAUUUUUUUAUGAAGAAAAAGGCACUCUGUGGGGGAAAAAAAGAAGAGAAAAAAAGGGCAAAGCUGUAAACAAGAUUUAAUAGGACUUUUUUUAUACGCUUUCAUACUAACAGCUACACCUGUUUUUUCAUCCAUUCUUUUUUAUUUAUUAAUGUCUUUAUUUAUGCGCAUUGCCUGCUUACAGAAAUUUUGGGGGGAUCCGUGGUGUUGGGUUGUACGCAGGACAGAGACUUUUUCUUUUAGAGAGACUCUUUUCUUUUAGUUCUCUUUUUUUUCUGCAGUGAAGUCGCAGCAUACACACUGGGUAUUUAUUUCCUUGAGGACUUUUUAAUCUUUGCCUUUUUUUCACAUGAUGUCUCAAUCUUUUGUUUAUAUCGUGUCAUUAUUUCUUUUUGUAUAAUCUUGUUUAUAAAGAAUUUUUUUUUGGAUUAAGGGGCAUUUUAUAGAGCACAUUUAUAUGUUUCAGUGUUAUUUUCAAUUUUGUUGUAAGCGUGGGGAAAAUGUUCUAGUCGGUUUGAUGAGAAAGCAAGUUGCGAAAAGUUGUUAUUUCAUGCACAAGUCCUUUCCCCCCUUUUUUGACUAUUAUGUGAUUCUUAGUUACACUCUAGAGUUGUGUACAUUUCUUGAAUCAGAGGAACGGCAUUACGUUGCACCUCUGGGUUGGAUCGCGUUCAUACGUGGAGAUGUGGUGGAGAUGUGAUAUGGUGUACAGUACACAGCCAUCUCGGAGAUGGGCGGUUAAAGACAGGAUUUGAGCGUCUGCUGGUCCUGUGGUGUUGGAGAACUGGCCGGUCGGCCACAGUGUAUGUUGUUGUCCCGAGGGAAAAAGGAAAACGUCAUUUCCCCCUGUCCCUCCUAUUAGUUUGAGCCUAUGGCUGUGUUCUUCCUUUUUGUAAAUAUGUUCCCGUGUAAGCAAGAUUUUGUUUAAGAAAUCUGAUGUCUUAAGCAUGCAAUUUUUGAUAGGUCUCGCGCCAGUCAACAGCCUCUAAAAAUAUCAAACAGAACAGAAUAUAUAUAUAUAUUUUGUAUUUUUACUGUCCCUUAUGCAUAAAGAAAUUUGAACUAUAUACAAAUAGAUACAAUAUAUUGUAAGGCAACAUUUUUCUCAUUAAAAAGAAGAAAAAAAAACAUUAAUAAAUAUUGAAGUUUUAUAAACUGAUAUUUAUUUACUGUUCUGCAACACGUACAAAUCCACUGAGGCAUCCAUCUGUGUAUGUUAUGUUUUGUUACACUUUGAUGAAAUGAAAAGAAGUUGUUGGAUAAGUUCUCAGCUGUGUUCCUCAUCAAUGCUUUGUAAGAAGCUCCCCGGUAUAAUUUGCAAAAAAACCCCACAUAAGGUUGUAGUGAAAUUGUAAUAUCUGUAAUAUGUUUCCUUCCUCUCAUAAAUUUAUGAUUUGCAAGAAAUGUAUUUUACCUUUUCAUUUUCUAUCUGUACAAAAUGUUUCUUGUUAUAAUAAAGGGCACAUGUGUGUCUUAAAUGAA